GCACACACAAAGAGGAAAAAACAAAUUUGGAGCCAUGUCUUCAUCAAUUAUAUCUUCUGUUGUCCUCUUCUUCUUCCUUUUCACCAUCCCAUACAUUCAAAGCCAACCCACUGCUCCAGCUCCAACCACCGGAACAAGUCCCAUCAAUCUCACAGCGAUUCUUGAAACUGGUCACCAAUUUACUACAUUAAUACGACUCCUCAACACAACUCAAGUCGGGUUUCAGGUAAGUGUUCAACUCAAUAGCUCUGAUCAAGGGAUGACUAUAUUUGCACCAACAGAUAACGCAUUCAACAACCUUAAACCCGGAACCCUAAACAGUCUCACAUAUCAACAACAAAUCCAGCUCAUGCUCUACCAUAUCAUUCCAAAAUACUACUCUCUGAGCGAUCUUCUUUUAGCAAGUAAUCCCGUUAGAACUCAGGCUACGGGAUAUGAAGGAGGCGUUUUUGGGUUAAAUUUUACAGGACAAGCACAAAGCAACCAAGUGAAUGUUUCGACGGGUGUUGUUGAGACUCGGAUCAAUAAUGCAUUAAGACAACAGUUUCCACUAGCAGUUUACGUGGUGGACAGUGUGUUGUUACCCGAAGAGUUGUUCGGAACAAAGACCACUCCCACCGGAGCUCCGGCCCCGAAAUCCACAACUUCACCGUCUGAUGCCGAUUCUCCGGCUGGUGAUGAUGAGCACAAAUCUGCCGGAUCAAGCAUGAAGAAUACAACUUUAAACCCUAACCCCUCUCUUCUUCUCUCUUCUCCACGCCAUUUCCAGAAUUUUCAGGUGUUUGUGAAAAAUAUGAAUUUUAAGAAUGUCAAAGUUCCCAAAGGUCCUGGUGGUGGUGUUAUAGCUGCGGUGGUUAUUGGUGGGCUCAGUCUUUACGGCGCUACACACACUCUCUACAAUGUCGAUGGAGGUCAUCGAGCCAUCGUCUUUAACCGGCUUGUUGGUAUCAAAGACAAGGUCUACCCUGAAGGUACUCACCUUAUGAUUCCGUGGUUCGAAAGGCCAAUUAUCUAUGACGUUCGUGCAAAGCCUUAUCUAGUUGAGAGUACAUCCGGGAGCCGUGAUCUCCAGAUGGUUAAGAUUGGGCUUCGGGUUCUCACCCGUCCUAUGGCUGACCAACUACCAGAGGUAUAUCGGUCCCUUGGUGAGAAUUACCGCGAGAGAGUCUUGCCUUCUAUCAUUCACGAGACCUUGAAAGCUGUGGUUGCUCAGUACAACGCGAGCCAGCUUAUUACUCAGAGAGAGUCGGUGAGUAGAGAAAUCAGGAAAAUUCUAACUGCACGAGCUGCAAACUUCCACAUUGCACUGGAUGAUGUGUCCAUCACAGGCUUGACAUUUGGAAAGGAGUUCACAGCAGCCAUAGAAGGAAAGCAGGUGGCAGCUCAAGAGGCCGAGCGGGCUAAGUUCAUUGUGGAGAAAGCUGAACAGGACAAGAGAAGUGCUGUUAUCCGCGCCGAGGGAGAAGCCAAGAGUGCUCAGCUCAUCGGUCAAGCAAUUGCAAACAACCAAGCGUUCUUAACGUUGAGGAAGAUCGAAGCAGCUAGAGAGAUCGCACAGACCAUCUCAAAGUCGGCGAAUAAGGUUUACUUGAGCUCUAACGAUCUAUUGCUUAACCUACAGGCUAUGGACCUUGAUCGAGUCAAAAGCCGAAAUGAAUGGAAGCAGAUCCAUGCCUCCAUCAUCAUACAUGGAUUAUCACAAAGCAGCUUCAUGGUCACUAAAAUGGUGGAUUGGUGUGAUAAGUUUGGAGAUAUGGAUUACGCUACUCGUCUUUUUAACCAAGUAUCGAAUCCUAAUGUCUUCUUAUACAAUUCCAUCAUUCGUGCUUAUACACACAAUUCAUUGUACUGCGAUGUGAUCAGAAUCUACAAGCAACUGUUGAUGAAGAGCAUUGAGUUUCCAGAUCGGUUCACGUUUCCGUUUAUGUUUAAAUCUUGUGCAAGUCUUGGAUCAUGUUAUUUAGGGAAGCAAGUUCAUGGUCAUCUCUACAAAUUCGGGCCUAGGUUCCAUGUUGUGACUGAGAAUGCACUGAUUGAUAUGUAUAUGAAGUUUGAUGAUCUUGUUGAUGCACAUAAAGUGUUUGAUGAAAUGUCUGAGAGAGAUGUUAUAUCUUGGAAUAGUUUGCUUUCUGGAUAUGCAAGGCUUGGGCAGAUGAAGAAAGCAAAAGGGUUGUUUUAUUUGAUGCCUGAUAAAACUAUUGUAUCUUGGACUGCGAUGAUCUCUGGGUAUACUGGGAUUGGUUGUUAUGUAGAGGCUAUGGAUUUCUUCCGUGAAAUGCAGUUGGCUGGUAUUGAGCCUGAUGAGAUCAGUCUCAUUUCUGUUUUACCGUCGUGUGCGCAUCUUGGAUCUUUAGAGCUUGGGAAAUGGAUCCAUAUGUAUGCAGAGAGAAGAGGGUUUUUGAAACAAACUGGUGUUUGCAAUGCUCUUAUUGAAAUGUACUCGAAAUGCGGUAUGAUUUGUCAAGCUAUCCAAUUGUUCGGCCAAAUGAAAGGGAAAGAUGUUAUAUCAUGGAGUACGAUGAUCUCAGGGUAUGCACAUCAUGGGAACGCUCAUGGAGCAGUCGAAACAUUCAAUGAAAUGCAGAGAGCGAAGGUGAAGCCUAAUGGGAUCACAUUCCUUGGUCUUUUAUCAGCUUGUUCACAUGUUGGUAUGUGGCAAGAAGGGUUGAAGUAUUUUGAUAUGAUGAGACAUGAUUAUCAGAUAGAACCCAAGAUCGAACACUACGGUUGUUUGAUUGAUGUUUUAGCAAGAGCUGGAAAACUAGAACGAGCUGUUGAAAUAACAAAGACAAUGCCGGUGAAACCUGACUCAAAGAUUUGGGGUUCAUUGUUGAGCUCUUGCAGAACAAAGGGCAAUCUUGAUGUUGCACUGGUUGCAAUGGAUCAUCUUGUUGAGCUAGAGCCGGAGGAUAUGGGGAAUUAUGUUUUGCUUGCCAAUAUCUACGCAGAUUUGGGAAAAUGGGAGGAUGUUUCGAGAUUGAGAAAGAUGAUAAGGAACGAAAAUAUGAAGAAAACGCCAGGUUGUAGUUUGAUAGAAGUGAACAACAUUGUUCAGGAAUUCGUUGCAGGAGAUAACAGUAAACCUUUUUGGACUGAGAUCUCUCUAGUGUUGCAACUGUUUACUUCACAUCAGGAUCACGAUGUGAUUAAUAACAACAAUGCUCUUGCAUUUAUAGGUAUGAUUUAAAAGCGUUUGAAUUAUGGAAGAAGUAGCAAACUUAUUAGACGUUUUCAAUCAUACAUA